CCACUUCCCGCCGCAGCAGGACGUGCUGGACGCGGUCAUGCAGGCUGUGAAGGCGGAGAGCUUCAACAAGCGCGCGCUGUACGUGUUCGGCACCUACACCAUCGGCAAGGAGCGGCUGUUCCUGGAGGUGGCAGCAGCGCUGGGGCAGAAGGUGUACUGCAGCAAGGAGAAGGCCGCCACACUGGCCGCAUGCGGUCUGGCGCCCCGCUACGCCUCCCUUAUAACCACCAACCACCUGGAGGCAAACAUACACGCGGUCCCGCUGUUCAAGGUGACGCUGGACGGGCUGUCAGCCAUCCUGGCGCAGUACCGGGGCAGGUACUCGGCCGUCAUUGGAUUCUCGCCCACCGGAUGGAACCACGCGGCG